GGCGCUUAAAAUGGAGGUAGACCACCUGGACAAGAGCCAAGAAGCCGGGUCAACUGAAGCUAGCAUAAACAUGGGGGACACUUCCGGAUCUUCCGGACCCUGUAACCUUUCUACUGGACAGGUAAACCGCUUUAACAAAGUAAGCCAAGUGUCUGUUACAGAAGUGUUUCUUGUCAAACGGGACCUGCUGCGUGUUGUAGCGCCGCUAAACUGUUAGCCUCGGGUCCUGGAGUAUGUCACUUUAUCCUAGUUGUAGAAGUCCUGCAAACAUCGUGUUUGCUGGUAGUCUGUUGUCAUCUACAGAAGCACCAAUGCUUUAUGCUUUAACAUUGACUUGGCCCCAUUUGUAGUUAUCUGAAGUAUUUAUCUGCAUUAUAUCUGAAUUAUAUAGAACGAUACGAGCAAGGACGAGCGUCUGUUCGUGGGCGGGGCUUCCUGGCGCAGAGACGGAGGGGAGAGGAGGAGCUGAAGGGAAAACUGGUUUGGAGGGGGAGAGUUUACAUUCAAGAUUUGUCCCCAAAACUGGCACUUCCUCAGAUCCUGCCUACCCCACCUUUAAUAUCAUUUUUGUUGUAAAAGUAUUUAGGAAAUUGUCUUAAAUGCUGGAAAAGUGAAGUAGUCUAUUUGUAAAAAAGAGGCGUGUAAAAAAGGUAUUCACCAUUAGGGAAUCAAACAUGCAAACAUGGUUCCUAAACUUGCUUCCAACAAGGAACACAGCCAAUCGAGAGAAUGAGAUGGCAUUUUGUAAAUUUCAGUUUCUUCUUAUUAAGGGGUGGGGUGUAUCUAUGCUAUUCUGAGUAUGGUGUUGAUGAGAUGAUGGUUUAUUGUGCUCAAAGACCCACCCCGAUGAAAAUCCUGUUUUUUUUUGUUGUCUUCAUGUUCAUAUGGCAUUUUUCUGAUGCUAGAGGGCACAUCAAAAGAAAGCUAAGUUCAAAAUUAAAUUUGUGAGUAUUUCUGCAUUCAAAUCGUUGUGAACCUCUGGCAGACCAAAACGUCUGGCUCAGACACAGUGGGAUUUCCUACAUCACAACUCCAAGCUCCGCCCCCGGAGACCCACUAUGCAGGCCAGACAAAGAGCGGUAGAGAGGACGAUGGCGGAACAAGUGUGUGCAGUUGCGGAUUGCUAUGCUCGUAAGAAAGCUAAUGAUGAUAUUAGCUUUCAUCGUGCCCCUAAAGACAUCAGUGUCUGAGAGCUAAAUAGCUUCUUUGUUACCUGCUACUUCUGCUGCAAAAGCAAUGUUAGGCUACAAGCUAGUGUGAAGAGGAAUGUGCAGAGCAGCACUGUCUCUGCCCACGACUCAGAGGCAAAUAGCUAAUGAGCAACUGGAGCUCUGCAGAAAAAGCCCCUUGAAAAUGACACGGGUAAUGUAAUCUUGGUUAAAAACUUCAUAUUUACAAGACCACUGAGAACACUUUAAAUAGUAAGUGAAUUGUAUUCCAGCAUCUAUUGUUUUCUGAGAAGAUUACACCCUGAAACUGUUAUAAAACCCAAAAGCCUCCCUGAGAUGAAAAAAAAAAGUACACAAACUGGGUCAAAAAUAAAAACAAGCUUAUCCUGUUGUUAGUUUAAGAGUACAGACUAGUCCUCUUUAUCUCUGUUGAUUGUCCCUGCACUUGUCCUGUAAUCUGUCCAAAAGACCUCUAUGUUGACCUGCUCAGACUUUAUGUUUUGGGGAGCAACUAACGUCAUGACCUUCAGCCUGAGAUGGCAUGAGUUAUGCAGGACUGGAGUUUAGGCUCUGCCUUUAAAGCUGCAUUUUUGAGCCCUAAAAAAAAAGUUAGAUGUUGAAUGAAUUUAGAUGUUAUUGUAAUAUUUGAGAGUCAAACAGAACAUCUGCAAACAAAAUUACAACACAGCAGAGCAAAAUUACAACACAGCAGAGUCUCCCUGUCGUGUCUUUUCAGUUAUCAGUUGACAUAGUUUACCAAUCUAGCUGAACUUUGCUGCUUAUGUCAUACUUAUCUGAAAGUGAAAUUGCUCGUAGUGAAUCGAACUUUGACCGUCAUUGAUUGAUCUUUCAAAAUAAUAAUUUAGUUGUUUUCGAUUCUUCACUUUCAAAAAACUUUCUCUAGGGGGAAGCAUUGCAUUGCAAUUGGUCUGACUCUUAAACAAUAACACUUAAAGCUGCCAGCCUGCAGUCUCCUCCUCAAGUGAGAUAUGUGAACUACUGGAGGUUUACUCAUAACUCUUUUUUUAUUGUUCUGCCUGUGAUGAACAGUUAUGCACUUGCAAAAAAAAAACUUGAGGCAAAGAUGAAAGUGAAAAAAUUAUGCAAUGCUAAAGAGCUAUGAUCAUUUAUAUUCAAUGCAAUGGGUGUUAAACUGGCUCUUGCUGCUUGUAGUACCAUGCUGAAAAAAAUACAGUUGAUCUUUUAUUGUUAGAGUCAAAGCGAGGACAUCAGAAACAUUAUUAAAGUGUCAGAGAUGGAUGACAGCUACCAUUCAGCUUAGAUCUUUGUCAACGCCUUGAGUACAAUGUACUCAUUAUGAAGUAUAACACAGACUGGAUAUUGUGUGGUGCUGGGGUGUGAACUGGGAAAGCUGGAGUCUUUUGUGAAGUGGGUCAGGUCCGUUAAGGGGUUAACAGUUUGCUAUGUCAGCAAAAUGUGAUUUGAUAAUUCCCAUAGCCCAUGAACCCCCCAAGAACCAAAGAGACCUGUUGUGGGCCUGCAGUUGCUCUAAUUAUCCCAUGAUCCUUUGUCUGGCACUGAAUACUAGACACUUAUGGGGUCAGAUUGUGUGUCAUGUGUAGUGUUAGUUUGAAUCAGCCUCAUAGCUGAAAAUCUAUUAAAACGCUUCAAUGAAGCAAGUAAGCAAGGAAGCCCGUGAAAGCUUUUUAUACCACGAAACCCUGACGGAAGAAUAAAACAUGAAUAUUAAAAACAGAGUCUGUAAGUGGACCGGUUUCCAAAACUGACAAAAGCAUUUACAAUCACGCCUGAAAAUAUUGUUAAUUUUUAAUUAGCCUCGCUAAUGGCACAUGUCAGGAUUUGCAUUCACAUAACGAGAACUAAAAUUCAAGUGUUUGGCAUCACAAUAGUAGAGCUUUCACUUCUGAAAGCGCCGUCCCUGUCAACUUCCUGACAUUGUCGUUUACAAUUACAGGAGGUUACACAAGGGCACAAGGAGUAGUAAGAGUACUGCAGGUGUUCAGUGUUUGGAUAAUACUCUGAAGGUACAACUUCCUGGCUCUGUUGUCUCAUGAUAGGUCCAUAUGCGAAACCUCUUAUCAGGGGAAUGUUCAAUAAAGUGUGUUAAAAGUUGUUCAUUGUGACUCACACCUGAGAGAUGAGGGUAUAAAGUUACGCUUCCUUCAGUUGAGAGUUCAGUUUCAAAUUUACAAGACUAUGUGAGUGUGUGUGUGUGUGAGAGAGAGUGUGUGUGUGUGCGCGCGCUUGUGGGUGUGUGUAAUCUGUGAUGUCAUUUCUUGGAUCCGGGUGAUCCCUUUCUGGCCAAUCAGUGUGCAGCAGGAAGUUUGGGGGAUGGUGGGGGGGUCGGUGAAUGAUUAAAGGAUUGGGGAGUUGAAGCUCUGAACCGGGCUGCAGAGGAUUGACCUGCCCUCAGUGCAAGUCAGCAGCAGUGUACUGUGUAGUCUGAAGAACUGUCUCCUGCUGCUUCAGUGUGACAUCUAUAGUUUUAUACAGCCAAAUGUGACCUAACCAAGACAUCAUAGAGACUUGAAUAAGGAGGUUUUAGCAUCAUGCAAUAACAGUCUGGUCAAAUGCGUCACGAUCAAAACUUCCCAAACUCUUCUAACUCCCUAACACCACCACAAUGCACAUGGCUGGAAAGCUUGGAUGAUAAUACACAGAAACAUCAAAAGGCAAAGGUUAGCUGUCGAUGCUUCACUCACGGCUAGGAUUUGUCGUAAGAUUCAAAUUUUGUAUAAUGAACAUAAAGUGCUGUGAAAAGUAUUUGCUCCCUUACAGAUUUCUUCUGUUUGUACUUUUUGGCCACACUUGCAAGUUUCAGAUCAUCAAAAUAAUUUAAAUAUGAUGAUUUCACUUAUUAAGGAAAAAAAGUUCUCCAAACCUAAUAGCUGGUUGUGUCACCCUUGGCGGCAACAACUGCAAUCAAGUGUUUAAGAUAACUGGCAAUGAGUCUUUCACAUCACUGUGGAGGAAUUUCAUCCCACUGUUUGUUUUAAUUCAGUCAUAUUGGAGGGUUUUUUGAGCAUGGACAUCCUGCUUAAGGUCAUGCCACAGCAUCUCAAUCCAAGUUAAGUUUGGGCUUUGUUUAGGGGACUCCAAAACCUUAAUUUUUUUUUGAGCCAGGUCCUGAAGCAGAAAACGAGGCCCCAGAAAUUACACUUCCAACACCACAUCAAAAAAAAUAUUUUCCCUCAAGUCUUGGGGACCAUCAAGAUGUUUUUUGGCAAAUGUGAAAUGGGCUUUGGUAUUUUCUUAAGUCAGCAAUAGUUUUUGCCUUGCCUAUGGAUGCCAUUUCUGCCCUUAAGUGAGGCAAGUGAGCCCUGCCAGUCUUGGGAGGGUUCACCACUGUUCCAGGUUUUCUCCUUUUGUGGAUAAUGGCUCUCUCUUGGGUCCGCUUGAGUACCAAAGCCUUAGAAAUGACUUUGAAACCCUUUCCAAACUGAUAGAUAUCAAUAACUUUGUUUCUCAUCUGUUUUUGGUAUCUUUAGAUUUCUUUUUGUGAGAUCCUUUAGUCCAGUGGUUCUCAAGUCCAGUCCUCGAGGCCCACUGUCCUGCAUGUUUUGGAUGUUUCCCUGCUCAACACACCUGAUUCAAAUGAUCAGCUCGUUAUCAAGCUCUGUAAUGGCUUAAUAACGAGCUAAUCGUUUGAAUCAGGUGUGUCACAGGUCACAGUUCAUUCAUUACUUUUUUUUUUUUCAGGUUGGUUUGGAUAGCUUUUUUCCACUCAAUAAAUGAAGUCAUCCUUUAAAAACUGCAUUUUGUAUUUACUCAUGUUAUCUUUGUUUGAUAUUCAAAUUUGUUUGAUGAUCUGAAACAUGUCAAGCAAAAAAUGUAAUGUAAAUUUAAAAGGAAAAAUAUAAGAACUCUGUGAAGGGGCAAAUACUAAGUCACAGAACUGUAUGAUAACGAUGAUUUCUGGUUUCACCAUAAUUUAUUAGCAGGAAAUAGUCCCAAACCAUUAGCAUCAAUGAUACUCCAAUGUUUUAAGGGGAUAUUGAAAGAAAAUACCUAGGACGCAUUUUUGGUGCGUUUAAAACUCGAAAUAUGCAUUUAUUUCAAGGACAGCUGCAAAAGCUUGUACUGACAGUAAGACAAAAAGUGAAAGCCAUUUCUGCUUGUUACAGUUUUUUUAGUUGUUUAUGAUGUUGAGGAUUUUAUAGGAGCAGUGAUUCUGUUGGCAGAUCAUCAGCCUUAACUUGGUUCCAGCUCAAGUGACGUGAUCUGAAACGUUUCACUGAGGCAGUGAACUUUUGCAGCCAUAAACCUAACAAAAGAAAUAUUAUUUUUAUAAUUCAAUGCUGGCAAUAUUGUUACAAACUCAAGACUAUUUAUCAGCCCGGAAGGACAAGCAUAAAGAGGAAGUUCUUAUUUUUAGUCAGAAAACCUUUGUUUUAGGUCACCUUAUUUUAGGGUCAAAUGUCCUCCUUCCUCUCUGGGGGUGUUCUUCCUCAAAUAACCAAAAUGUUCUCACAUAGUUGAGAAUAAACCCAAGAAUUACCCCUGAGUCAUAGCUACAAAUGAUUGCUUCCUUCUCAUAUUUGGAACAAUUUUAGCACCUCUCUGCCAGGCUAGAGUCAAAAAUAAGACCGUGGGAGGCAUGUUCCUGGUUGGUAAAGAAAGAAAAGUGAUUAGAGUUUAAAAUGAACAAUGAUGUGCUAAUAUGGGUUAAAGUAGAAAUGGACAACUCUUCCGCCAGUAGCAUUUCCUCUUUGGUAUUAUCAGUUAAAACCAGGAUGCUCUCCUUUUUCCUCUCGUAAUUACAAAAAGAAAUAAUAGACCCAUAAAAAGCAUGCAUUUUAUUUUCAAUAGCUUAAGUGCCAUGUAAAAAACAUUAGUAAAAAACAACAGGAAAUAUCACACAGGAAGUUUUUGUGACUGACUUUCGUUCUAAAAACAUGAACCAUUCAUUAAACUGUCUCCAACGCCAUUGAGUGAACGUCCCUCUGAGAUUAAUUCCCCCUUUGCUGCUAUUACUUCGCCAUCUUUCGCUCUCUUGUCCUGCGAAGUUUACGCUGUUUUUCAGGUUGUUCCAUUUUCCACCAUUUCUGCUAUCGUACCUUAAGCCUUCAUUUUCCUAUUGUUGUAGCUGCUGAUAAAAAGAGUCGCAAACCAUGUCUAACCAUGUCAUCACACAAUCUAAAUAUCCUUCAUAUCAAUAUGUUACAGCAGAAGAAGUUGUCUUCUCUCUUACCACUUCAGGACCAGCCUGAAGACUGUGAGCUAAUGUCUGUCAGUCAGUUUGAGGCCCCACUGAAGACUGGAGUAUCUGAACUACUGACAUGUAAUUUGUCAGUCAUUAACAACCCUUUAACUUCCUCAUUAUAGUGAUUGAAAUCUUGAAUGAUUUCAUUUUAAAAUCACACUCAUAAGUAUGCCCUCAUUGGCAAAUCUUCAGCCUUCAUUGCUUCAUUUCACUACUGCAGUUAAUAAUCUUCUCCAACUCUGUUUGAAAGUGCUGCUGCAACUCGUAAUAUGCUUCAAAACAAGUCUGAAUAUGCCCUUUCUAAGCGUUCAUAUAUUCUCGCUCACUCUUGGCUUGAACUUCCAAACUGGUCUCAUUCCUGUGUUGGAGGACCACAGGUACGAGGCUGUUGAGGGGAGAGGGAAGAAAACCCAAAAAGAUGACAAAGCGAGACGAGUGUGAACGGACAAGAAAGAAAACAAUGUAAGAGGCAGUAAAUACAAACACACCAAAAAAGUAAGUAAGGAGGAGACCAUGGGCGUGCAACACUACUGGCUGCUGCUGCUGUUGUUGGUCGACUGCCGGGAACAGAUUACAGGUAGUGUGGCGGUGGAAUAUGCAGAUAAGUGUGUGCAUAUGUGUGUGUUUGUGUGAGUGGGAGUGUGUAGGUGUGCUUGUUUGAAUGAAAGGUACUUACUUACUACACACUGGGUAGGUAUUUGUGGCUGUAUGUUGUGUAGAAGUGUGUGUGUGUGUGUGUGUGUGUGUGUGUGUGUGUGUGUGUGUGUGUGUGUGUGUGUGUGUGUCUUUGUGUGUGUGUGUGUGUCUUUGUGUGUGUGUGUGUCUUUGUGUGUGAGUCUGCGGUGCAUGUGUACAAAUAUGCAGCUUGUGUUUGCUGUGGUGGACUGGCCUCAUUUGGCCUGAAACAUGUCUUGACCUGUCCUGUUAGGAAUGUUGCAAAUAGAAGCCCACAUGCAAUCUCAGCAAGGAAAACACUGAAAUGAUUUAGCUGUGAUUAAUGAGGUACACUCAUUUAUUUAACAUUUGGGAAGUGUGUAUCAGCAAGGAGAGGCAGCGGUAAGUAUGUAACAACACCUUGUACAGGACAGCACAAGCCUCUCCAUGAGCUUUCUCUGAUUUUCCCCUACUUUCACAAUCAUAUUACUCAUAAAGUAUGAAGCCACAUAUACCGUGGUAUGGCAAAGGCAAGACUGUAUAAUAAUAGACUGCAGGCUGGUUGUGCAAUCUAAGCAUCAGUUGCCCAAACUCAUUCGUUCUGCUUUAUUCAAACCUUGAGGAGUCAUUUAAAGCAUGCUCUCAUUUUCAGUGAUAUUAAAGGAUAACAAAACAAUCAACAAAUUUAAAAACCCAUGAGGUCAGGAUCUCUUUUACAUAAAUAUGCACAAACAGAAUAAAACAAAGAGCAACAUACUUUAAAACUGAUUCAUACAUUAGUGAGAGGUUUGUUCCUGAAGUUUUAGAUUUGACCCAAGGGCACAAAUUUGUGUUUUAAUGUAGGGUGCAUUAUAGUUUCUAAAAGCAGCUAGUGUAUGCUUGUGAGACUUCAAACACUUCACAGCUUUUUGGACAUGUUGAGUUGUAACUUUAAAACUGCAUUAAUAAUAAAGUUAUGUAUAGUGGUAUGUUCCAGCACCAAAAAGUGCAACUAAGGCACUUUAACUAGUUAAUUCAGAAAUACAAUACUUUUUAAAAGCUUUUAUUUUGCUUAUUAAAUGGGAUUCAGUCACAGUUCUGUCAUUGAAACAGAUCAGUCUACAUUCCCACUGAGCAAUAGACGGCUAUUAGACAUCUAGUUUUUUUCAGACCUAAUUUCAACCGUCUAGAUUUUGUAUAUUUUUAGACGGUAUUUAGACAUUGAACUUUAACUCAUUAUUCGAUAACAAUUUAUUUCAAAAAGCAACUGUGAGUUGCAUAACUGAUCUCCAAUUACUUAAUAAAAAUAAUUAUAAUCGCCAUUGAGCAAUAUACAGUGUAGUAUAGAUAUAGCCCAGAUUUAGACUUGGUCUAAACUUGGUCUAAAUUUAGACAUUUAAAAAACUUUCAUUUUUAGACCUGUGGUAGCCUGAUCUUAGACCAGUCGUCCAGGUCUGAUGAUUAACUGACUUCUGAAAGAUGUUGAAAAUAAGAAAUGAACGUAAACAUCUUUGCCCUGUGAAGUGACCAGUAUGUCUUUCUUUUUGCCAGGGGCUGUAAGUAGCAUCAGUCCGUACAUAAAGUAUUAUGAGGGCUUAUCAUACGACAGACAGGAUCUGCACAGGAAGCAUCUGAGAGCCAGGAGAGCCACACAACAUCAGGAAAACACACUGAAAUUGGACUUUACUGCUUUUCACAGGUAACUUUACAGCGGCAAUUGUUUCAAACUUUUUUUAUAACACACUCUACAUGAGUUGACUAAAGUUCAGUAUUCUUUUGUUUGAACACAACAACUAGUAACACAUGGUAACUAUUUCUUCUCCAUAAUUGCCUUGUGUUGAUUGAUCGUCAUACCUUCCAGUACAUUACAAAGCCCUGACCACAUCUGUGAGCUGUUUGUCUUGUCUGUUUUCUACAGAACUUUUCGCCUGCGUUUGAAACGCAACGCAGAAGUGUUUUCUGAAAAUUUCCGACUGGUCCUUGAAAAUGGUCCCACGUCAGCAGACCUCUCACAUAUUUAUUCAGGAACUCUAGAGGGUGGGUAACAUCUUGAUUUCUGGUCCAUCAGAGCUGAGGGAGACUUUACUUUGAUCAAAGCUUUUACAUACUUGUGUUUUGGAUGAAAUAUCUGGAAAAAUCGAAUAAACAACUGUUAGUGUUGAUCAAAGUCCUGAUUGUGAAAAAUCGGAGGUCAGAAGUCAGUGCAUUGAUAUUCAUCAGCUCUUGAAUCUCUCUCACUCUCUCAAACACUGCUCAUCUUUAGGUUGCCUUGUUAUCUACAAUAUCUGUCUGUCUGUUUCUUGGUUAUCUCUUAUCUGUGUUCAUGUUAACCUUUCAGACGCAGACAUGUAAUCUCUCUCGACUCUGUCUUUCAGGUGAACAUGGCUCAGCCUGCCAUGGCUCUGUGAUACAGGGUCUGUUUGAGGGAACAAUCCACACAGACAACGGGACUUUUAAUGUAGAGCCAGUACAUAGAUACAACAGCAACCAGACAGAUCACCACUCAAUAAUCUACCAUGAGGAUGACAUGGGUAAGAAAAUCAUUUCUAAACUUAUAUUCAAGUAUCCCUGACACUCACAAAGUGUUUGUGCAUUUGCUGCCUGGACGUCUCCAUCUGCAACUUCAGCUGCUUUUAAUGGAAGUUUGAUGAUAAUGGCAAGAGCACAAGAAGGCAUUCCUCACUACAUUUGAGGUCCCAAAACAGUUGAUUCAUGACCCUCUUGGAAGUAUCACAGAAAGAUAAAUGACCCGAGUAGAAAAAAGCUUUUCCUGCUGCUCUGUUUCAACGCAGCGUAGCUCCAAGCUUGAUUAUGAAAUAAGGUAACAAGAAGUCUGCGAACUAUCUGUGAACUGUCUUGAAAACGGUAAAUUGAACAUUAAAAAAACUACUUCGACUCUGAAACCAGCCAGGCCAAAGGAUUCAUAAACUGAGGAUGGUGGGAUUUGUGAAGAGGAGUAAGGGUGGCAGCUUAAGUGGAGAGGGAAGAGAAAAGCGAAAGAAAAAAGAAAGAGAAAGUCUCUCCAACCGCUUUUGGUUUCUCGUUGAUUACAUCAGCCUUUGAUUUGGUCAGAUUGCUGUCAUUGUGUUAUGCGCUGUACUUAUUGUCAUGAAUGAGCAUGUGUAUUUCUCUGCGAGGUUCCUUGGCGCCUCGUGCACAUCAUCAUCGGUGCGAGAUUUUCUGAGAAAGCAUAUUUCUGGCACAGGAUUGCACAACAACCUCCCCAGUGUUCGUAAAUGUUCUUAAGUCAACACUGACUCCAUGGCUGCCUUCCUCUUUAACUUCUUUUACAACUGGGGCCACAUUUACUUUAGAUAGUGCAGCAGUCGACAACAUCCUGGUCUCUCAUUCAUUGAUCCGUAUCUACAGGAAACUUUAAAAGAUUUAGUACAUGAUAUUUUCAUAAACAAUUAAUGCUUUCCAUGAACAUGACAAAUAAGGACGGGAGGGGGGUGACAUAAUGGUGUGCUCUUGUGUGUGUUUACACAUCCUGUGGUUGUUGUCUGGGGGCAACAAAGGUCCCCUUGGGAUGUUGGACGAAGGAUGUCAUACAGUCCCUAAAAUAUAGGACACAGGGCACAGGCCAUGACGACAGUUGUUUAACAAAGCCAUCAAAAUACCUGAUCUGCUAGAAAGCCAAACACUAACAUCAAAGUUUGAUGUAAAAAUGUAUUUUUACAAAAGUGAUUAUUGAUGAAUGCUUAAAGUGUACUCAUGAAUGAAUGACCAAAGUGAGAUUUGUCCACGUAUCUUCCUGUCGAAGUCCCUUCUUUCCGCUGUUGUCAAAUGUUGCAGAGUGCCUCAAAACAAUAGAGUUAGCCGUGUAUCUGUAAAUCUAAGUAUAAAGGUCAAGCUUUUAUUUGCACUAUAUGUAAAAUUUUAUGAGUUGGCUUUUGUUGUAGUAUAUAACUAAAAUGAAUUUAAUUGAUAAAUGUUUUCAGACAGUCGUUACAUAGAAACUCAGGGGUUCAAAGGAGCACCUAACAACCAGGGUAGGAAAGAUUGAAAAAUGAAUAAUGACAAAAUUAACAGAGUCUUCAAAUAGUUUUACUUUUAAAAAAAUCUCCAUCUCUUCAUUUGUAUUGUAAAAGAACAAAAUAUGAGAGGCUACAUUUUUGAAGCCUUAUUCAAACACAUAUGCAUUUUAAACUUGGUACUAUUUAAGACAAUAUUUCAGCAUUUUCACUUUUUUUUCAGGCUGUCACUUGGAUAAAACUUAGAUGCACCCUACCUAUAAAUUCAGUAGUUGUCAAACCUGAAGACAAGAGGCAUCCUGAUCAGUACAAGAGAAGACUCUCUUACUGUCGUAUCAGGGUAUUUUUUUAUAAAAUCAAACAUGAAUGCAAGAGGAGGUGAUUUUCCCGACAGUCAAGGCAUUAUGAAAACUGAAAAGCAUCUUCAGCUGUUUUGGGUUUUCAUUAUAAGGGAGAAUGGGCUAAAUGCAGAUCAUCCUGUACACCAAGACUGUUUGAGCUUUGUGGGAAACACCAUGACAUAAGUGAUAAGUAAGAGCUUUAAUCCCUGCAUUGACAUUUCUGGGGCCGUGGACAGAUUCAUGUCAGCGCGGGAAAAGGUUAAUGACUCACAGGAGCGUUUUUUUGUUGCACUCAGUGCAGAGCUAACCUAUGUUGCUCUCGAAGGCACUUCAACUGACCAUAGAGGCAUCAGGGACAACUAAACUGGCGCUCAGCUUUACCAAAAGGUCUUUAGGGUUGAUGACAUGAAUGCAAAAUCAAAUGGUCUCAUUGCAGGAUAAAUCCACCUUGUUUUUUCAAGUGCUUUUAAAAACUCAAGAGGUAGAUUACCUCUCUGCUUGCCCCCGAGACACCACACCAGUUUUCUACAUUUUUCUGUCCUGCAGCUGCAGGAGUGUGAGUCUUGACUGAAAUGCAGCUCUGAUUUUCUCAUUUGGGAAAUUAUUCUUAAACUCACAGUCUGACAGUUUUAAGUUGAUUUGCAACGUAGAUCCCAUUUCUUUGCUUUUUCUUUUGGCAAAUCAAUGAGAAGUAAAAACAAACUUUAGCAACUUUGGCAGCACACGACUGAAACAACUUUCUGCUUCAGAGUAAUGACGAGGAGAAGACAGAAACAAAAGAUGAAGACAAAAAGAGAGUUUGAGCAUGUAAAAAAUGGUCUGGAAACAAUCCCAUCAGUGGGUAGAGGCCCGGCAUUAGGCCUCCACGUCAAACCCAGACCCUCACAGCCCACCCCCACUCAGGCCUUGUAUAGAAAGAAUCACAGGUUUGUGAUUGGCUGGAGGACUUUCGUUGGAUGGUGUGAUCCAAUCAUGUUGUCUUUCUCUCACUGAGGCCCAAACCUGAUCCAGGGAGAUGUAGGCUACUGGGGCAGAGUGAUUCACAUGCACGUAUAUGCACACACACAUACACAUAUGGAUUUAAUCUGCAUCACUCUUUGAAGCUGGUACACCAAGGGUUAAAACAUUACCUAAUUCUGUCACUACUGCAGCACUAAAAAUGUCAUGUGAAAGUGAUUACUGCAGCAUGUGACUUCACUGUAACCUAAGGAAUUCAAAUCCAUUUUUGUCAACAUCAAUAAAGUCAGGAAAGUCUUUUUUUGGGUCUGUACAUCAGAAAUCAGCUGUAACCAUAAACAUGUUGUUUUGAUUAUUUUACACUCAUCUAAAACAUGUGGCACUUUACAUUACAUUACAUUUUCCAGUGCUGAUCCACAGCCAUCGACCAUACACACCAUUUACUCUGUUGCGAGGGAAUCCCCUCUGACUCCCUGGAUUUCUUUGUGAAAUCCCCCUUGUGCCAGUGAACUAAGAUGGACCAAUUAGUGCAAAUGCAACCCUUCCCCUCAUUCGUCACCGCCAUUAUCGCAUUAAUCAAGAGAAGGCAGGCAUCCUAAAGGCGUUGCAUUAAACACACAAUGACACCGCUUUCCUAAGACUGUCUCAUGUCCCAAGUCAAGGCUACAGCUCUGAUUUCCAAAUACAGGACCUCUAUUUUUAAAGUGUCCAAGAAUGUGCUGCCCAGGUCAGCUGGUCAACGUGCUGAAACUUCCAGUUGAUUUCUGCCUGGUUUUUCAGACGAGUUUGAAUAAUUUUGUUAAAGAAACACUUAAACCUUUUAUAAUGUUGAUAAUGGGUUUGGCAGAUGAGUAGAGGGCAUUUUGUAUUACUACAUGCAAACAAUAUCAGAGAGAGGAGAACAGACUGCAGAUGACGUGAACCGGUUUGAUACGCCUGAAUUCAUUUUUGCACACACUAUUUUGGCGUACACUUUUAGAGUGGGUUUAGAGCACUGAUUAAUGAAUGAUACCCCUGGUCUUCAAUCUGAAAAUGACUUUUUCCAGUGUAUCCAACAUUUGUGACACAUAACUACCUGUGACUUAUAAAGGGGGAGUUGCAGUGUGAAUAAUAUGAAACAGAGUUAUAUCACUUUUGUGUUAAUAUGUGCCUUUGUUUGUUUGUUUUGUGUGUAGUCUUGCCAUCUAUGACACCUAAGCACAGAGGAUUCUGCGGUGCUGAUCAUUUAAAUAACCUCACCCAAGGCCUCGGACUCAAUGAGGUAGGACAGUCCAGACAUCACCUUAAGUAGCUGAACACACUGAAACACAAACACUCUUUGCUUUACUUUCUGAAUAUGUGCACCCUUGAAUUGUCCUCCUCUGUAAUCCCAUUUAUAGACAAUAAAUUACAAACUAAAAAACAUUUUUGAGAAUUAAAGAAAGAAUUAAAGAGAAUUGAAAGAAAUUCUAUGAGCUGCUGUUCAUGCAGUGAGUAAAGAGAGCAAACAGGAUUUACCUGUGUAAAACACUGAAAGUACAGCAAUAUAUGGCGACCUGAGAAAGCUGAAAUAUUUCCCCUUACAAAUCCCUACACAGAGAGGGGUAUAAUAGCCUAAACAUCUGCCCAAACUAUUACGCUGAUCCCCCCCUCUGGAUUCCCGGUUUAUUGUUAACUUAGGAGGCUGGGUGGUGGUCCCACUGGUCAUUGUCAACAAUGGAUGUCUGGAGAUUGGUAUGGAUCCAUUUUUAACAACAUACCUGCAGGUGGAGAUAAUUUCCACCGUGUGAUCCUCAAAUGGUCUGAACAGAUGUUCCAAUGGAGCCAUGUUGGGUUCCUGCAUUUAUACACCCCCUUCCCUUUUGGGACAAACCAUACCCCUAUUAUGUACCAGGUUGAACUGACAAUAUGUUUUCAUUUCAUGUUCAUAUCGGGCAUUUAUUUACUUUUGCUGUGGGUAGACUCAUGUGUAUAUUGGUGAUUAAGAAGGAUGUUUGAUGAGCCAAAAUUUGUCUCAAUUUGUGUUACCUUAAAAACCUUUAAAAGUUGAAUUAUUUCUCUUUUUUUUAAUGUUUCUGUUAUGCCAUCCACAGGACGCUCCAGUGAGCCGGUCAAGGAGGACAAUAGAUGAAUCUAAGACCACUUGCCUCCUCCAUUUCCAUGCUGACCACCGCUACUACAAAAAGUUCAAGUCUGUUGAAGCUGUGAUAGCUCAGGUGAGCAGUUCUGUUGUUUGAACCCAGUUAGCCUGGUGUCACUCUGAAAAUGUAUUGUACUAAAUAUGUGAUUCAGAUCGUAAGGGUGACUCUUCUUUUUCCAUAAUAGCAUCUGUAACGCACAUUAAAUGUUCUUGUGAAUAGUCAAACGGUAAGAACCCCCUAAAAAGCCCCACAUAUGAAACAUGUAUGCAAGCUGAAGCCAAAAAUAUAAAGAUUUUUAAAGAUCUGGUCAUUGCCCAAUUUAUCUGUACACAGGGAGAAGGCUCGAGCUGGGGUGUAAAUCCAGUUCAGUGACGUGUUCAGAUGUCUGAUUCCUGAGCUGCCCUGUUUCUGAGGCCUCAGAGAACACAAUGUUCAUCUGCGUUUAUGCAGUGAUGAAACAUCCUUCAGAAGAAACAAAACACAACAGAGAUCGUCAGCUGUCGGCUGACCUGAGUGUGUCAUGCGUACAACACCCUAAAGUCCACUGCCCUGGAUUUUGAGUUUGCAGUCAAAGUUUACCUUAUGUAAUUCUCAUUUCUAAAUGUUAUUGAAUAGCUUCUAAAAAGCCACCUCUACAACAACGCUCUGACGAAGUACAAAUGGGUUAUACAUACAUUCAUAACAGAUACCUGGAAAAGUACAAGAAGUGGAUGUAAUAAAACACAGACCAUUAGUUUAGCAUCGUGUUCAUAGUUUUGAAAUAACAAGGGAAGAUAGUCUCAUGUAAUGUUGUUUGCUCUGAGCUAAUGUAAAAGGAGAGCAUUUGAAGACGGUAGGACUAACUCAGACAAUUUGAACUGAAUGUUCAGCAUUGUGCUCCAAUGGCAGCAAUAUGUGGGUUGAAGGUCAAGUUGAUAUCAAUUGAGCCAUGCUCACACGGUCUCCAUAAAUGGUUUUAACAGCAUAAUAAGGAGAUUUUGACCAACUGACCAACCAAAAAUUGCUGGACUUAUGCGAAAGAUGCUGUCAGUGAUAUCACAUUUAUAAGUCAUCUCUAAUAUAAGAAGAAUUUCAAGCCAAGGCGGGUUUUCUCAAUACAAUUAAGAUUAGCUGAUAAUGAUCUUCUCCUGAGUGGAAUAAACAGACUAUAAAACAAUAGAAACAACUGGUGUAGUCCAUUAUUUACCACUGAUCUAUUUAAUGAAAAAGGACAAAGUGUUGCUGCUCUGAGGCUACAUUUAGGGCCACGGGCUUGCACACGAUGUUAGUGAGGUGAACAUUUAGAAACUUCUGGCUCAAUGUAAACAUAGUGGCACAUGGAUCCCAAACGUAGGCCACAUAAGUCCUGUCCCUUCAUACCUUGCGCAGAGCCAUCAUGGUCAAACAAGGAGGACCAGUCACUUCCUUUUCUCCCCCUCAGCUGCACUAUGUACCUUCACUUCAAAGUAUUAAUCCUACAUGAGGUGUUUCAAGGACAAGCUGCACAUGGAGUUGUAGUGGUGAAGGGCACUUUAAGUCAACAUGACAAUUGAGUUCAUGGUAUUAAUAUUGGACCACUCUGUUCAAUGAGUUGUAUGAACUCUUAAGUAGCUGUUCACAAUAAAAAUGUAAAACAUUUUUAACCUCAUCUUCUGCACACUUGACCUCUGACCUUCAUAGAGCAGCAAUAUUUUUGAGUCAGCUUUCUGCUGAACACAGGGGGCUGAGAAGUUUGAAGGAAAUUCUUCUUCAGCUCAAAUAGUAAAGUUGAUGAAAAAUAUACAUGUAUUUUUCUUGUUAAAGCUGAUUGUGGUUGAAAGGGGGACUGACCUGCCCUGGAUUCAGAUUUAUUUCAGUUUGGGGUUAACAGCUGGGUACAAGGUAACAGUGAUUUUAGAAAGCCUGCGAUCAAAUGUUUCUCUAUCUGAAGAAAGUGCUCUUCAUAGGGGUCUGAAUCAUGUGAGAUGCUCUGCUCAUAUUGUGUUUCGUGGCAUGCUGACUUGAGGAUCUUGUGGCCGAACUUUUACUGCAGUUAUUUCGCAGUUGAGUCUAAAUUAGAAACAAUAAACAUUAUUUUUACAGUUAAUAAUAACAUAAGACAACUGGGCUCUGGCUUAUCCCAAAUCAGUUUGAAGUUUCUCCUUUAUUUGUUGUCUUUUCAUCCUGCCUGUCAUGCCUUUGUUUAAUUGGAUCUCUUUGUAGUCAAAACGAGGUCAGUUAAUCACUACAAUCGUCUCUCCUUAGCUGCUUUUUUUGGCUAGUCUGGCCUAACUCCUGCUGUCUGCCCCUCCAUCACCUCAUCUGACCCUCCUCAGAUUCUUUCCAGCUUAAACAAAUGUACUUGUUCCUGGGUCAGUGCCAAGCCUUUGUUGAACCAUGUGAGAAAGUUCACUGGAAGUCAAGCGACGGUGGGCUGUGAUCGUUAAGUGUAAAUAGAAGAAAUGCUGUCAUCACUCAAUGUUGACCUGGUUCCACUGUCCCCUCCGUCAAAGGUGUCAAUAUUUACAUUCAUAAAUAUUCCCAGCCCACUUCACCGUAUGCUUCUCUCCUGUUGUGUAGGCUUUCACAUGUGACUGGUCAGCACGUGCAGCUCUGAUUGUGUGACUGGCUGUGCCACCCACAGCGAAAAGACCCUGAGAAUAACCUGGAAUGACUUCACAUGCUAAGAUUAUGUAUCACAAUCCAAACUGGGUUGAGGAUGUUAGUGCUUCUAUUGUUUAUUUGUAUUGUUGUGUUUGUAUAUGCAUCUUUUAUCCAAUAGGUGGGGCAGUUCUGCUAGAGUCAAAUGUUUUAGCUGCUUUGAAAUACUGUUUUGUGCUUGUCAAAACCCUCUACCAGUAUUUCAUUGUUUUCUGGAGCCGACCCCUUUAUGGUGGCCCUGAGCGCUCAAUGCACUGCAACUUUAAUCUUUCUGCUCAGCAGAUACUACUCUUGUUCUUAGCAUUAUUGCCCACAAGAGUUUUAAUACACAUAUUGAGUUAUAUGAUUGUGUGAAAAAUAAAUAAUUUAUUUGUGAAUCUGGAAAUACAGAAAAUCUGUUAACGCAGACAGCACAACCAAAUGCACAGAUGAACCACGGGGGCAGCAACUUCUGUAUCUGUGAAUGUUUGUCAGCUUUUAGUGCUCCUUUUUAGACUUUGUUUUGCAAAUUUGAGAUACAUGCUACUCAGCAUAGCUUCAUAGUUUGCAAACAAGUUGGAAUAGGUAGGAUUUUUUAAUGUAGCCAUGCUUAUGUUACAUAGUUACAUACAGGAAUUUUUUUUUAUGGAAUGGAUUUUAGCGAUUAGUGCUGUAAUGAUUCAAAUUUCCCUGCUGUGGAAAUAAUAAGUUAUUUUCUACACUUUAAUGGUAGUUGUUAAAAGUAGAUUGUGAAUACAGAGUGGGUAAAUGCUAAUAAUCUGUGUGUGUACUUAUCCCCUGGCCAUCCCAAUCCGUGUCAGUGGUCAACUUGUUCCACUUAAGUCAUUAAGUCUGGACAUGUCCCUGCACAGCAGCACACUAGAGACAGUGAGAUCUGAGCUCUGUCAGGCUGUCAAGUUUGCAGCUGCAGGGAGAAAAAAAAAUAUCUACGGAUUUUUAACUAACAAAAGGAAACUUGUCCAAACUUCAAACUCUGUCCCAGAGAGAUGGAAAAAAGUGGACGGGAAAGAACCAACAGUCAGCCAAGGUGUAAUAUGCACAUGUAAAAUCACACCAAGCGUUUACAGGACCUGUCAGCAUUGGUCCUCAAUGUGUUGAUCAGGAUGAAGUUUAAAAGAAAUUUACGGGGAGGACUCCGCUCUCUAGAUAUAAAAGUAAAUGCAGGAAAAAGUAAUGAAAACCUUGUAUCUUUUUCUUUGACUCACAGAUGUUUAUGGUAUGACAUGAGCAGUAUAAAAACACAUAAAAUCCUACCCUGAAAGGUUAAUACAGCCCUACAUAUCCAGAAACACUGAUGAAUGAUUGUGUGAACAGCAGUCUCCUUUUUUGCUCUCCAUGUCAAUGUCUCUUUGUCCACAAUCAUAUAAAUGACAGAAGUAAUCACUUUCAGAAUUUAAACUUAAUUUGUUGGCGUAGUGUUUUGGUUUUGUUGCUGGUAAAGGUUGGUCAUUAGGUUUGUAAGGCUAACGCCUCUGUUCACAGUGUGCAAAAUACAGUGUACUGUAUGGUCUGGAUUUAAUUAAAGGCUCAAGGCGUGUAAUGUGCAUUGAGGAUCUUUUUUAUCACCCAUAACUCAAGUUGUUAGAGUAGUUCUUUCAUCCCUAGUUACAUGUUUCCUCCUCUUGGGGCCAACAGAACUUCCCAGGACUUCCUUUCAGAGUUCAGAGACAGAUCAUGUACUUGACGGUUUCCUCACAUUAAUUUUUGUUCUUGUCAGAUCGCCACCUACAUGCGAGCUGUGAAUGACAUCUUCGACAAAGUGGACUUUGAUGGCAUCAAGUUGAUCAACUUCCAAGUGAAAUCCCUCAAAGUAAGAUACAACAGUGACAGGAUUGAACAGUAGGAAGAUGCUCUAAUGUGAAUGCAGGUUUAUGAAAAGUCAUCACAAUGAAUAGUCCAAGUUUUCUCACAUUAUUCUGAUUCGAUGAGCAUGUCAUGACCCCCUCUUGUAAUUGACAGGAAAGCUUAAGGAAGAGCUUCGAAAUGAGAUAAUUGGGUUAAUGCAUGACUCUCAGGCCACUGCACUGCAUUUACCUAUCUCCCUCUCCAGGUGAUGACAGAUGAGGACAAGAAGGAUCCCCUGAAUCCGCUGUACAUCGGACCCGAGAAACUCUUGACUCUGUUCUCUGAGAACAACUGGGGGGACUUCUGCCUAUCCUACCUGCUCACUAACAGAGACUACAGUGGGACGCUUGGGCUCGCCUUUCAGGGGAAGCCCGGUGAGUCAGACUCGCCCUCACAUGUGCACCCGAACAAACAUCGAAUAAUCAUACCAAUAUAUCACUACAGGCACAAAGAAGUCAAACAUAUAUUUCCUCCACAGGGUAGAAGGAGUUAUUUUUUAUUCUUGUGCCAGAAUAGAAGAAAUAAUAGUAAUGUCUCAGAGUCACAGUUCCCUGGUAUACCAUCAACAAAAACAAAGAUAACUUUGGUUAAGCCUGUUAGAACAAAAGGACUGGAGGGAGAAGAUCAGCCAUUUUACCCAUGUUCGCACACUUCAUAUGGCAUGUAUUCGCUGUUGACUGGGUGUACGACAUUGUGUUUUUAAAGGGUUAUCAUUACUCUUGAAUCAUUAAUUGGGGAGAUAUCUAAAGGAUUAUUAGGUUUCUGUGUAACAUUGACUUUAAAGCACAUGGGCUAACUUUAGUUUUGUAAGCAAAAUCAUCCAGAGGAAACAAUUUAUUUGCCAUUCUCCCUUGUACGACUGCCACAGUAAUCAACCAAAAAAUAAACUGGUGAUGAAUGACUCAUACAUCCUCAGUUUGUCCAAACCAUAUACACAUAUUUUUUUUUAUAAUAAAAGUCUGUCCAGCCAUCCCACCUUUGGCAGUCCUGUCAAAACAUCUACUGAGUGAGAGUGUAAAGGAUGCCCAGUCUGAUCCUGUUUGUCCCAGAGAGUUCGUUAGUGUUCUUACAUAUUUAGAGAGACAAAGAAAAAGAUCUAUUUGUAACUGUGUGUGUGAACAAAAACAUAAAACAAAGUCGAGUCUGGUCAUGUUUGGCAGUCUUGAACACUUGAGAGUGAACAAAUGUUUUGCAUGAACCUCUGUUAUCUACCAAAGUGCUGAUCCCUGCCUGGCUCUCACCUGGCAAACUCUCAACACUCCAUCGUACAGUCACAGUUUUCACAUUAAUAUGAAUGAUUGUCUUGUUUAGAAAGUGAAUUAGAAGUUAUGGACAUAGUCAGCUUGAAUUCAGCUACACAGUUACAGGUCGCUUUGGAUAAUGGGCUUAAAAUUCAUUGUAGGUUGGAUCAGUGUGUUGUGUUGGAAGAGGAAUGGCUGUAAAAAUGUGUAUAAGCCUCUUUUUUCAUGGAUCAGAGAGUGCUGUGGACCACAGAAGUGCAGUAUUCACACAGCUUCUAUUUGAUCUGUUAUUUUAAAGAUUGGUCAUUUUAAGAACAACCCCUAUGGUGGUUUGUAAGUUGUUUCAUAACAUUUGAAAACUUACUGUCAUUUAAACAACACAAAAUCCAAACAUGCUGCUUUUACAGAUGAAUAAAGUUAAUGAUCUGAAACCUGCUGCUCAAAAUCAAACAGUCUUAUUGCUUUGAUUAAGCAAAUAAUGAGCAUUCUUCUCAUUAUCUACUUGAAACCAAGAUUUGAUUAAAGCUAACCACAGCACAGUUUGAUCUAGAAAUAAUAACCUAGAAACAAGGAUAUUUAAUAUUUCUACAGUUUUCCUUCAUACCCACAAUACAGGUAAUUGUUAUUGGUGAUUACUUUUGUCUUUCAUGUUGAAUCAGAAACUUUAGGUUUUAAAAUUUUAUAAGAAGAAGGUUAACCAGACUGCACUUAUUAACAACAACAAACAAUGUGACUUUUCCUGAUGCCAGCCACGUCUCUCAGGUCUGUUCUGACAGACUGUGUGUGUGUGUGUGUGUGUGUGUGUGUGUGUGUGUGUGUGUGUGUGUGUGUGUGUGUGUGUGUGUGUGUGUGUGUGUUGUGUUGGAGGAAGUUGGAGGUUGGGGUUGUUUUGGUGGGCGGGAUCUCCUGCUCACGUCUGUGACAUUGUCUCAUACGCAGCAUUUGAUUGGCUAAACUCUGGGGUGUGAGAGAAGACCACCACAAUGACAUGUGAUUAGGGAGCAACGAACCUUUGACACCCACAUACCCACUCUCUCUCUCUCUCUCUCUAACACACACGUACACACACACACACACACACACACACACACACACACACAGCUCCCAGACAACUUACUGAGGAUUGGUGACUACAUUCCUCAGUGGGAUCGCCAUGGUGACACCUCACGUGAGGAACACACAAACAUGCAGACACACGCAUACACACUGUGGAUCCAUAGUGGCAGUGACAUUGUUGUGACAUUUCAGCAUCAUGUGACCACUCUGGAGAAUGAGAGGACUAUUAAACGUGGAUAAUGUUUGACCUCAGAGUAACAGAUCCGCUCAGCACCAUAUCACCGUAACCCACUUCCACCAGUUUAUUACUGGUAUUGGGUAAUGGAGGGCUUUAGACCAUGGGACCGUAAACUCAAGGACCUACAUGCCACUACAGCUAUGGUAGACACAUACACACACAUGCUCACGCACAGCCCCCAUCAGUCACUGGGAACUCCACCUCUAACCUCCAAGGGCUGUGUUCAUAUAUGUGUGUGGAGGGCGGGGGGUUGGGGUCUGAAUGUCUCGUGCCGUGCACUUUUUCUCACCAGUAAAUUUCCAUCUUCUUCUGCAUAUAAUCGAGGAAACUUACAGCAUGUUUUGUGUUGUUGGGUAUUUUUGUGUACUUGUUCUGUCUACUGGCUGUGGCACAGUACUGAAAUUUAGUGUUUUUUUUUUUUUUUAACAGAUGUACUUUUAUAAGUAUAUAUUUGAAUGGAACGACAGUUUUACCAGAAAUGAAUAAUUACAAUAUUGUCUUUGGAUAGGACUUUUACCUUUAACUGCUACUCGCCUACAGAAGUCUGCAUCUAUGUCUUUACUUACUAAUACUAUUAAAGGUUGGGUGAAUAUGAUGUUAAGAUGACUGAACUGAAAAUAGAGCAUGUCUUGGUCACAUCUCCUAAAUAGUUAGGUUAAACUGCAAAGGUUAUAAAAGAAAAAGUUUAUAAAUAGUUGGGCAAAUAGAAAAAAAAAUUACCUACAAUGCACAUCCACCACUGAAAGUGUCUGUUUAUUUCCCCUAAAAGGCACAGAAUUUGCCAACACAAGUGAACCAAUUAAUGGUCUGAAUGCUUACAAAGUACAUGUAAGCUGUAGUACUUGAAACACCUUUUUUGGGGGGUAGUGAAGAUCUGUGACUUCACACCGGUACAACUCAAAAUAGGGCUAGUGAUGCAGAAACGUGCUGCCCUCCUGUACCACCCGUGCCAUCCAGUGUGUAGAAACUUCUAAAGAAAGAUGUGCCAGAAUAUAUAUACAACUGCAUAUCAAUGAGGCACAGCAUGUGCCUCAUGUGCCGCUGCUGAUGAACCUCACCUACAUAUCUAUCAUACACAUGAUGCCUAUGUUGCAAUGGCAAUGACAAUGUACUUGCCACUUGGUAGGAUUACGAAAGAACAGGACACAGAGAAAUCAGUUCAGUGUGUCAAGGCCUGAUGACAGGUUAACUUCCAAUAUGUCAGAAAUUCAUCAAUCAAAUAUCCUGUCUGUGGGAGUACAAUGAUCCUCACUCUAUUUUCUUUACAGUAGCUCAAUCUACAGCUUCUUGUUCUGUGAUUGGCUAAUUCCUCAAAAUUUAAAUAACUGUCAGGACUGCAGGUAGGCCAGUUCAGCUCUCCCCUCUUUGCAUUGUCUGGAUGGCUGCACAAGUGGCUUGAAAACCUCAGAGUAUGUAGUAUGUGUACACAUACAGGGAAUUUGACUCCGGUAAACUGUAUGUAUUGUCCAACUUAAAUGGUGCCUACUCAGGUGUCUAAGCAACCAGUGUCAUCAGCAUUUCCAUACCAUUAUGGAAACAAGCCCGGUGUUCUCUUCUCCCUUCCCACUUUUAGCAGUAUCCAUGAUCCAUGAUCCAUGAUCUCUGUCUGUCCUCCAUAGACAUGAGCCCUGACAAGUCACUGGCAUUUCUGAGUCAUGUGUUUAUUUGAUUCAUCUUUCCAUUGUAUUAAUCUGAAUUUAACCGCAUUUGGAGAUGUGGCGGUGAACUGAAUUCAAAGAUUUUUAGUCAAUGCAGUGAAAUAUACUACAGAGGGGUCAUAGAUCACAGUCAUACAGAAGUGGUUUCAUGGCCUUGUCUCUACUGUACAGACGUUUCUCUGGAUUCUUUAUAAAAAGCAAAAACCUGAUACUGUACAUCCUAUUGGACUUACUUUCUUUUGAGACAGUGGGUCUUUCCUGACUUUGUAUUUAGACCAAACAAUGGCAGUCACUUGUAGCCUGAGCUUCAUUGUUUCCUCUAAAAAAUACAGCUAACCCCAUCAAACCAAAAGUAACAGUUUGAAUGCCAAAUCUGAAAAUGUCAGGAAUUCAGCUCAGUAACAAAACACCCUCCACACUACUGGCAACUUUUGCACUUUCUCAAAGUCUCUCUUUCUCUUUUGUUUCCUUAAUUUUAUCGGUCAGUUUUACAGUUGUUGUUUUUUAACAGUGAUGGAGGAUUUUUUUGACAUCAUAUUAACUUACAAUUAUAGUUGUUUGCGUUUUUAAAGUGAAAAAGACCUGCAAUGCAUUCCACAAAGUCUUUUUGUUUCCAGCUAUGAAAAGGUCAAACUAGUCCCACAGUAUCUUGAACAAGCUUCAGCAAGAAUCCAAUGCAGAGGUCAAUGAACCCUGAAGACAAAGAGAGCACUGAUGGACUGUUUGUAGGUACAGUUACAUUACUUGCAGUACUUUUGGCUCGCUUCCAGAGUAGAGCUACUGUAGUUUUCUGGGAACUUUGGCCUGUGUUACAAGAAUCACUUACUGUUUGUUUUUUUUUAUUGAUGAAGGUGUUACGAGGAAACUCUGCCUCAAUCUAGAUGUUUAUCCAAGGGGAAGCAGCCUCAUACUCGCCUACUAUUGUUUGUUGGUUCACAUCGAUCCGUGAAGCAGAGUUUGUCAUGGCAUGUGUGUUUUUGGAGAAAGGAUUACCCCAGAGUAUGUUUGGGGGAGGAUAAGUUUCUAGUAAAAUUGGUUAAUAUUGUCUGACCAAAUAUUUUGUAGUAGCUGAUGCCAUGUGCUUUUUUCUUGUUUCGGUUUUUGAGUGUAUUAGCAUGUGUGCUUGUUUUCUUGAUGGUGAGUGAUCCAGAGCGUUGUUUGUUUCUCUGCGCUGUUUGUUCAGAAAGCUAAUAAUAGGACUCUUUCAUUGCGGCUCCUUUCUGUGACGAAGGAGGAGGGAACCACAAUCGCAGCCCCUCUCGGCUCAGGCUGCCAAAAAUCACAGAGGAGACCUCCAAAGUAAGCUCUUUCUAGGAAUCCCGGCUCCUUGAAUAGCCCAUCAGGGGGGCCAUUUUAGGUCAAAAGCAGGGAGUGCUGCAAAAAAGGCAUCCAGAAUUCAUAAAUAACACAGCUAAAGGAGUAGUGCCUGUACUUUAUUGAUAUGACAAAUUGCUCAUGUUUAUGGCUUAAGCUGAGCGUAACCAGAAUUGACAUUUCAUCUGAAGCUAAUAAUUCACAGCCUGUUUUCUCAGCUUGCAAAGCUAUCAUGUUAUUCCAAACACCAGGAGAAAAACUCCUCAGCCUGUUUCAUCUAAGAUCGGAUGGUAGUGAAGCCAUCUUGCUUUUGCUUUUAACCUCUUCAGUCCUCUCAUUGUUUCUACAACAGAAGAGCUAGAGGGCACUUUUGUUUUUGUUUUUCAACCUCUAACUGUCCUUCUCCAUUCCUGGACGUCACUCUUACGCUCGCUGUGUAACAAAAACAUGCUGGUGGGGGAUCCAGAUGCCCAUGAGUAGUUCCCACACUCCUCAGUGACACGGAGUGAACUCAGUUUUCUUUGAAACGGUGGAUAUCUUUACCAGACAUGUACCUUAUGGGCUACCCAAAAAUGGCUCAGCAGACUAUAUUGUGUAAGAGAGGUUACAUAAAACUCACGUGACUCAAUGGCAAGUGCUGGGACGUCCAAACUGAAGAGUAUGAAUGGCAGGAACCAAUGACGAGAGAGGACAGACACAUGGAAUGACUCCCACGGCAGGUGAUUAAAAGACCAGAUUAAAAGAGUGCAGGCAAUGUAGGAAAUUAUGAUAGAUUAAGAACUUCACACAGCUAGAUGCUUCUGGAUGCUUUAAGGCUGUAGAUCAGUGACAUUUUGGGCUUAGAUUAGAAAUCAAGGUGGAAAAAAUUGUAGUUAAAGUAGUUUUGUUGCCCAUAUUCACCAAACAGCAAGAAGCAUUGACCCAAUUUUACCAAAUUUAAGAGAGCGUUUUAUUGACGUCAUAACAGAUCUUGAUUUUGAAACUGUAAUUUCAUAGGUGCUUAGGUUGACCAAUCAGACUGGUUUCUGUCCAACUAGUCCUCUGGCUGGCCAGCUGGACGAUGAUGUCACAGUCCAGUCGUCCCUCCUUGUGAAUGAGGCCAGCUGUUUAUAAUUGUGGGAAUGGUAUUCAGAGACAUUAUGUAAACCCAAAGCACAGACUGGAGACCACCGUAGGACAACUGCAGGCUCUGAUAACAAACUAGAGGACCUCAGCAGAUCUGGUGGCCUGUCUGGCCCCCUGAUCCCAGGGCCUCAGAGGUAAUUGAAAAGCCUUUGGUGGCAAACCAUUGUUGGUUUAAGGUAUUUCCAGUAGCACAAGACCAGUUAUGCAACCAAACUGUACAGAAAAGUGUAAAAGUAACUGGAAAAAUCCAUCUGGGAAAUUUGGAAAGGGCUACUGGAGCUUCUGUCGGAGUGUGUACAAUAUGAUGAGAUCCUUCAGAGAUAUCAAAUAAUUAAUACUAGUAGCGUUGUGAGAUUACAUACAAGGAACACGCCUUCCACAAACAUUACUGUUCAAGUAUGUCCAUGAUCAAUCUUGGAGACAUUUUGAGAUUAUAAUAGGUGUGUAAUGCGUGAAAUCUUUGUGCCAGAGUGGGUGACUUCAUCUGUUAGAGUGAGAGAAUUUGCAUGAAAUUGUCUUUCCACGCUCCUCCCAGCCACAGAUUGCUCGGAAACUUCCUGUAGUAAGUUGUUUCCCCAACUCACAUCACUCAGAACCACCAAGUAAGGCGGCAGUAGCUCAGGAAGUGGUCGUCCAAUAACCGGAAGGUUGGCGGCUCAAUUCCCUCCUAUCCCGAGUCCGUCUGCUGUGUCCGUGGGCAAGAUACUUAACCCACCUUGCUCCCAGUGUGUGUCCUCCACUGGUGUAUGAUUGUGAGUGUUGUGUGGUGGUGGUUGAAGAGGCCGUAGGCACAAAACUGGCAGCCAUGUUUCCAUCAGUCUGCCCCAGGGCAGCUGUGACUACAAAGGUAGUUUACCACCACCAGGGUGUGACUAUGUGAGCAAAUGACCGAGGUAUCCAAUGUAAAGCGCUUUGAGGGUCACUGGUAAGGCGCUAUAUGAGAUCUGAUGCAUUAUUAUUAAGUAAGUUCAACUAUUUGUUGUAAAUAACUUACUUGUAGCUUGUAUAAGGGUCUGUAGAAAUGGGGAAGUGGAGGUGAAAUGUCUGGUCUGAUAAUGCUUCCUUUGUACGGACAGACGUCUUCACAAAGUAUGAUCUUAUAUGAGCUCAGCUGUGCCUUAAAAUACGAGUCCUUCACUAUGCAACUAAUUACAAAAUUUCCAGUCUAAUGUACCUAUGAGUUAAUAUAUCAUAAGCUUUAUUUGAAAGACCUGCUUUGUGAGACCUGUGGUAUCAAAAUUACAAGGAACACCAGAAAACAUAAAACUGUGCUUUCUUACGGCAUUGACAUGGGCUGUGAAGUGGAUCCUCAACUGUCUGACUCAAGGUUUACUAUCUCACCUGUGUGUGCUCCAGGUAAUGCAGGGGGGAUCUGUUCAAAGGUGACCAGACAGAGGUACAAGAACGCCACGUUGAACACAGGCCUGAUCACGAUUCAGAACUACGGACAGUUCCUGCCUCCUCGACAAGUCCAGCUGACCAUCGCUCACGAGCUCGGCCACAGCCUCGGAGCCGACGUUAGUCUCCACAUAAACUCAUACUAACAUACUUGUAGUAUUUGUUUGCUGCAAAAGGGAAUAACGCUUUCCAAAACUGGAUUCCUCAAACCAAACAUGGUGCAUGCAACCUUUUUAACAUACGUCUACAUGUUUCAUGAGUAAUAUGACAAAGUGUAGAAAGUUAUCAUGCAUGGACAAAUCCUCACUCUACUUCUCAUGUAACUUCACAGAUUGGAAUCAAACCAACACUAAUCUAAAUCCAGCAACAUCAUGAGUGUGAUUCAUGCGCUCAAUGUUUUUUCAUCCAACAUGACAAAUCGUGAUUAAAGUCUAACUUCACGUUUUCUUCAUAGCCUGUAUGUUUGCUGUGCAGUAGAACAAAUUUCCUGUCAAUGAUUUACUUACGUGGGCAUCACAGACCUUGGCCUCUAUUGACCAGCUUCUUUUAUAGAGACCCUUUGCCAAGUCCUAGUGGAUUAUCUGAAAAAAGAGAACAGGAGGCUCUGUGAUUUCUAUAUUCAUCCCAUCUCCGUCUCUUUCUCUUUCCCCUCUCACACAUUUAUUGGAUUUUAAAUGCAGUAAGUUACUGUAGUUGUGUGUACUUGCACUUGAACUCAAGAGCUUUUGAACCACUGAAAAGCAUACACCUCUCUCCAUGUGAGACUGCUUCCAGCACCUGCGACCUUUCUCCCACUUGCCAAAAUGCCAGCGGCCUCUUUUCACCCUGCCCGCUGUUAUUCACACUUUCACAGACCAAAGAACCCCUUGAGGUUGUCUUGAGUAGAUUAGUUCUGCUCCGUCAGACCCCGCUGGUUCUCUCUAAUCUAAAAUACUGUAACUUCUGCUCUUUCAGCAUGGAGUCCUGGCUCCUGGGUGCUGGUCACUGUUUUCAAGCAGAAUGAGGGACACAGAGAAAUCCUAUAGCGCAGAUUUCACCUGAGAGUUUAGAAAGAUGAAUGGCACAGGUGAGAAAGGGGGUGGAUCCGUAAAAAAUGCUGAGUUGGCCUUUGGCUUGCUCCCUACAACCACAGUCAACUAAAGCAGUAAAUUCUCAUGGAGCUGGAACCAGAUCAUGUUUCACCUUUUUCUGUUAAAAUGUGUGAAAACCGAAAAAACUCAACAAACAUAUUGGCUACCAACAACAGAAAAGAAAACAACUUAAAGGGAUAUUCUGGCGUAACAUUAAUUUAGGGUCAAACACACCGUAACACUGAGUUGGACACCAGAUCAAGAGAUGAAUGUUGCUGACCGCUUACUUCUCUAGUUAUAUCAACUUUAGUAUCGACCACAGGAUAACAAUACACAGCGGUUUGAGGAGCCAUAAACAAACCUCAACCAAACCCCACUCUAUAGCCACAAAUAAUGCUCAGAACAGCACUUAACUUCAUCAACAGUCUCAGCAACAGCACUAGCCACCAAACAUCCUUUUAACUUUGCCUGAUUUCUUUCGCAAAGAGACUGAACACAACUCACCUACUUUCUUACAGCAGCCACUUGUUCGUAGCGAGACCUCAGGCCAGUCCAUUACGGACUGCUGCAGGGUGACACAUCUCAAGGAAGAACAUUUAUGAUCAUUUCUUCGUGGAAAUGCAGUCAGACCGAGAUGCUAAGGCAGAAGAACUACCGCAAUUAAUGAUUAAUGAUUAAUAUGGUGAUUAUUACUUCAAGGAAAUGAUAAAGUAAUGAUGUGAGUUGGUGAGUUGUGAGUGGGUGAGUUGUGUUUGGUCUCUUUGCUAAAGAAAUUAGGCAAAGUUAAAAAGAUGUUUGGUGGCUAGUACUAUGGCUAGGACCCUAUAUGUACUGUUGAUGAAGUUAGGUGCUGUUCUGAGCAUUAUUUGUGACUAUAGAGUGGUGCUUUGGUUAAGGUUUGUGUGUGGCUCCUCAGACUGCUGUGUAUUGUUAUUCUGUGGUCAUUACUAAAGUUGGUAGAACUAGAGAAGCAAGUGGUCGGCAAAAUUCAUCUCUUGACAGGGUGUCUAACUUGUUGUUAUGGUGUGUUUUAACGCUAAAUUAAUUUUACACCAGAAUAUCCCUUUAAUGCACAGUGCAGAAUACAGUUAGCCUUAGACUGAACUAGAGACUUUUCUGAACCAUCUUCAUCAAGAAACAGAGAUGUUACAUUUGUCAUUUGGUUGUUUAUCCCAUUUGUCUGAAUGUCAGUUAGACCUGUAAUAACAGCAUCUGUAAAACCACUACAGGUGUUUAAAAGAGAACAGGAAAGACUGGAAAUUUGCUAUAUGGCAUGAAGCAUUGUGCUGUUGCUUUCUUAGGUAGAGCAGUUCUUCCUUUUCAUACUUCGUGCUUCAUCAUUAUGCAGUUUUGCUCAGUUGUCAACAGUGAAGUGUGCGGGGUUGUUGUAAGUUGAGACUUGUUUUCAGCUUAACCUUAAGUCUGCAGACUUGAACUGAAAAAACACAAAGGGGCAGGGUUAGGGUUAGAAGAUUAAAACAACUUUCCUUGUGAAACUGUGAUUGCAUUUACUGUGUGAAUGCUGUUCUUCAAACCCUGGAGCUGCACCUCUUGACAGAUUUAGUGCAAGAAUAAAAUUUUCACUCAUUAUACCCAUCAAACUAAUGAGGAACAGAUGCAGAAAAUCCACAUCUAACAUUUCUCUCCACAUGAGUCAGUGUUAACUUUUAGUCCCUUCCUUCCUUUCUUCAUUUACCAGUGAGUUUUACAUCUAUGAAACACGAGUUGUAGAUAAAGUUUCACAAAUAAAACCUUUGCCAAAACAAGAACAGCUCUGUGUUCGGCUCUCUGUGUCCCACAUGUGGGACACGACAUUCUUCUGCAGUUUCAGGGCCAUCAGAUUCCAGGGAAAUCUUUUGACUUCAUAGAGGAUAUUCUCUUUCUGUGAAAAUACAGCAAAGACAGCUCAAAGAAGAUCUGGCUUUGGUUUGUGCUUAAGGACUUUGUGUAACCACAGAUGUUACAAGAAUUAUCUUUCACUGUCCAUGGACAUCCCUGAAAACAUUUCAACCGUCUGCAAUGGCUUUAGACGAGCUUCUGGUUGCCAAUAAAGGGAUUUAAUCCCCUCCUCUGUGAUCAGGAUUGAGACCCAUAGUCACAGCUGUGUUAGAUUUUGUUCCCCCUCCACUAUUGUUUUUGUCUGCAGCUGUUUUGUUUUUUUUUUCUUCAUGAAAAUACAUAUCCAGAGUUGGGUAUUGUUUGAAAAUUCAAAUCUUGGUUUGUGUUGUCUGUUGUUUUUCAGCAUGACCAGGGCUCAAACUGUGGAGACCUUGGCUCCUCCCGGGGUAAAGGCAGGUACCUGAUGUUCCCUGAAGCCACAGAUGAAGUGCGUGACAACAACGAUAAAUUUUCACCCUGCAGCAUCAACUUCAUCAGUGAGAUCCUGAAGCUAAAAAAGGAUGACUGCUUUGUAGGUGAGGAAAAAAACAAUCACAUGUGCUGCCAAGCCGUGCAGAGUCAAAGCCAUGAGUUUGUACUGUUCAUUAGUCAUUGUAAACAAUUACAAAUUGUCUCUACUUUUAGAGUACAUGUGUUUGUUUAUUGUGUUCAUUUAUUUACAUGUGCAAUCUUUUUUGGCCAGUCAGUGAUCGACCCAUCUGUGGAAACCAGAUUGUGGAGGCAGGGGAGGAGUGUGAUGUGGGCCACAAUGAUACAGACCUCUGCUGCUACAGUGCUAUACAGCCUGUUGGGGUCCAGUGUCGACUCAAGCCUCAAAAAGCCUGCAGGUAUGAUGCCACCAGAUAAUUUGGGAUGUUAUUUCUAGACUUCUAAGAUUGACUUGACGCUGGUAUUGUAUUGUGUGUCCCCCUGACCCACAUUUGCAUUAUGGUUUUUCCCUUCUAUGUGACAGUCCCACUCAGGGUCUUUGCUGCGCUCAGGACUGUGAGUUCAAGCCGUCGGAUCAGACCUGUGACGAGGAAACAGACUGUCAGAAAGCAAGUUUUUGUUCGGGCCUCUCUGCGCUGUGCCCCGAGCCAGGCAACAAGGAAAACUUGACGGUCUGCAGUGAGGGCACACGUGUGUGCCUGAAUGGGGUGAGGCAGCAACAUCCACCACACAACACUGUGGCUUCACGGCCCCAACAAGAAAAAAAUUGUGUAAAUGAAGAACUAUGUUGUAAUGCUGGUCCUGUCUGUAAAAGGAAUGAUGCUCAGAGGUUAAAUUCAUUACUUGUUAAAAAAAAAAAAAAAAAAAGAUUACGCAAGAAGUUUAUGCAACUUUUGAGUCUGAAAAGUGAUGCUAUAGAAGAAGUGUCCUAAAGCUCUUCACCUUGAUGGCCAGCAGGGAAAAAACAACCUUUUCUAGAGAGUAACUGAGUCUUAUCUUAGUUGACUUAUUACCUCAUUUGUUUCACACCUUUCUAAAAAGAGCAUGGUGUUCCCUGCCGAACUUGAGAUUUGGAGUAUGUGGAGCAACAAAUGCUUUAAGGCCUGACCUCCUGAUGAUUGACGCAUAGCUAUCACAGCUAUCUGACUGGGAAGUGUUGUUCAGUUUUUGCAAAAGACACCCUGAAGGGAUUGCUGUUCCUACUGUAUGUAUGAAAGAAUCUGUUUAGAGCCUGUUUCAACGACACACCUGUCACCAAAGCUUACUGUUGUUUUAGCACAUAUGCUAACCCCAUGCUCCUUUCCAACUUCACCCUCUUGUCCACAUAUAGUCAUUCUGGCUCAAAAAAGAGGAAAGUGCUGGUUCAACAGUCCUUUCCCUUGUCCUUCCUCUCCCAUCUCCCUUUAGCUGCAUUCUCUUAUACAGCCCAGCAUAGCUUUAGAUUUUAGUUUUAUUUCUUCAACUAAAGGACAAGAAUGAUUCAAUUAUAGGGAGAUUCUGACGUAAAAUUAAGUUAGGGUCAAACACACCGUAACACUGAGUUAGACACCCCUUCGAGAGAUGAAUGUUGUCAACUGCUUGUUUCUCUAGUUAUACCAACUUUAGUAACGACCUGUUGAUAGCAAUAUAUCGUGGUCUGAGGAGCCACAAACAAACCUCAACCAAAACGCCACUCUAUCGCCAUAAAUAAUGCUCAGAACAGCACCUAACUUCAUCAACAGUACAUAUAGGGUCCCAGCCAUAGUACUAGCCACUAAACAUCUUUUUAGCUUUGUCUGAUUUCUUUAGCAAAUAGACUAAACACAACUCACCUACUUUCUUCCAGCAGCCGCUUGUUUGUAGCGAGACCUCAGGCUAGUCCAUGAUGACUGCUGCGGAGUUCCGCAGCUCAAGGAAGAACAUUUAUGAUCAUUAUUUUAUCAUUACCUUGAAGUAAUAAUUACCAAAUUAAUCAUUUUGUGCUGCAGACGCAGUAGUUCUUCUAGCGUUUCGGUCUGAUUGCAUUUCCAUGAAGAAAUGAUCAUAAAUGUUCUUCCUUGAGCUGCGGAACUCCGCUGCACUUGGUGAUCGACCCCUCAGGGCUCCCCCUACAAACAAGCGGCUGCUGGAAGAGAGUAGGUGAGUUGUGUUUAUACUCUUUGCUAAGGAAAUCAGACAAAGCUAAAAAGUUGUUUGGUGGCUAGUGCUGUGGCUGGGACCCUGUAUGUACUGUUGAUGAAGUUAGGUGCUGUUCUGAGCAUUAUUUGUGGCUAUAGAGUGGCUUUUUGGUUGAGCAUGUGGCUCUCUGUAUUGCUAUCGUGCAGUCGUUACUAAAGUUGGUAUAACUAGAGAAGCAAGCAGUCGUCAACAUUCAUCUCUCGAUGGGGUGUCUAACUUGUGUGUUUGACACUAACUUAAUUUUACGCCAGAAUAUCCCUUUAACUUUAGACAUCCGAGCUAAUUUACUGCAUCUAUAAAAAUCAAAACUUCUCACUUCUUCACUUCUCACCAACCUUUUUUCUGUGUUUUAGAAAACUUCAUGCUUACUCUGGUAGAUUAGUCAAUUGAAGAAAGUUAUGAGUCUCCUGAAAAAGUUUGGGAUCACAGUGAAAGUAAAGAGAGAUAUUUAUUCUGAAAAAUUCACUAAAUGUCAGCCAAUAUACAUGAUUUACAUUUUAGUGGUUGUGGUUGGACUUUUUGUCCUGUUGAUCUGAUGUCACUGCACUGAAAGGUGUGUCACACUUUGAGGUAGUUGCAGGUACAACUCUGCAUGCUUCAUUUUGAGGAUGAAAGUUUGCAAACACUGGAUCUGUUCAGACAUUUGCAUAGUAGAAAUGAUAUAAAGUGAGUAUAGCAUCAGUAAGAGUACUCAGUAAACUCUUCUUCAAGAAAACUUUUUACAUUAGGGAUUUAAAAAAGACAUUUUAUAACAUGACUAUUUAUGAGAUCAGUUUCGCAGUUUGACAGCCAUGUCAGACGUUUCCUAGAAAACUUUGGAUCCAUUUGUACUCCCUCUUGCUCAAUGAUAGUACUCACAAGUGACUUUAUUUGUAAACAAAAGCAACAUUACAACACUGUGGAAAGACUGGAUCAAACCCAUGGAACCACAGGACAGCUGUGCGUGACUUCAUACAAGUUUUAUCUCCACUAAAUGUCCUCAAGCAGCAAACGCCUCCUGAUGACACUGAUGUCUGAGCAGGAGAUGCGAGGAAUGAUUUCCAGCUGUGAAUGUUGCUUCAUGUUGUUUGCAGGAUUUCUUUCUUUCUGGAUGUUAUAAGUGUACAAACUUCUACAGCUCAUCCAAAUUGAUCAUCCAAAGUAACUGGAAAAAACUUUGGGGGCGGCACAGGAAUGUGAAAAUCCCCCAAAGAUGCCCAAAUGAAGAUGGAGUGCUGGUUUUAGUGUUUCAAUUCACCCUCGACAGUUUCUAUUGACCAAUAACUCAUAUUUCUCUCUUUAUUGAGCACGCCAAUCCUUCCUAGAAAACAGGAAACAGGACCUUCUUGGUAAAUUAGGUCGAAGUCAAAUGUUAGCGUAGGAUAAGUUUUCUAAAACACUUGAUGAUUAGACUUUGAAGAAUCUAAGAUUUUACAAACCACAAGCACAAAGAUUAUUACUUGAAGUGCGUAGCCAGGUGUUGGCUUAAGAUUAAAGCUUGAAUUAUUUAAAAAAUUUUCUCGAAACAAUCAACUAUCAAUUAACAAUAAUUAACCAUUCAUACAAUUUGUCUAAUUUUAGUUCCAUAAAACCAGAAAUCUCUUAAGUUUGCUGUAAAAUAAUUUAAUGAACUCAAUUAUGUUGGAGGCAUACAGAGAAGAAACCGAAACUCAUAACUUCACAAAGGGGGUUAUAAAAUACAAGUUUCAAGAGUUUUUCAAAUGAGGGGUCAGGGACGUGCUCUUUAUGUUUACAUUUACAUUAAAUACAAUAUAAUGUGUUUUUUUUGUACUCCAAAAAUUCAAAAUGCUACGAUUGAGUAUUAGGGCCACAUUAUGAAAAAAAAACUGAAGACUUUGAGAUUAAUUUAAAUAAAGUCAUUACUAAAAAGAAUAAAGUCGUAAUAAAAUAAUUACAUACGAGAAUAAAGUCGUAGUUAAGUAAUCACUCAUGAGAAUAAGGUCGUAAUAAAGUCCUUAUAUUCUAACCUGCUGUUUAAGAUGACAGUUGUUGAAAUGAGAGCUAUGGAGCAUUUCGCGGAAAUGUACUUCAAUAUAAGUUUCUUAAACAAGGAGAUACUUAAUCUUUUGGCACAUCAGCACCACAUUAUCAUAAGUAUCAGAAUGAUUUUACUAUGACUUUACUCUCAUCGCUAAGUAAUUACUUCAUUACAACUUUAUUCUCAUAUUUAAUGCCUUUUUUCUCGUAAAUUAACAACUUUAAUCUCGAAGACUAAACUUUUUUUUUCUCUUAAAGUGGCCCUAACACUCAGUCGUAAAAUGUAAAGUUGGCAAACAUAAAUGAUAUUUAAUCUUUGUCUGACCUAAGCAAUACUUUUGAUUUAUUUAGGUUUUAAUGAGCCCAAAUAAAAAAGUACCUCUGCGAGGGAUUGUUGGACUGAUCCAGCUGACUAAUUCAGCCAAAAAUGAGGAAUGACAUGCAGCUGUGAUUUUUUUUUUCUUUGCUUUCCUUUACCUUCCCUUGUAUUGUUAUCUUGUAUAAUUCCUGAAUUUCUUUUAAAGUCCUAUCUAAAAGAUCCUUUGUGGUUCUCUGUACAGGUGUGUUCUGUGUCUCUGUGUGUCAAGCACAACCUGCAGCAGUGUGACUGUCCAGGAGACUCCAUGAAGGAUAAAUGCCACUUAUGCUGCCAGCAGCCCGGUAACCACCAUCCAUGUGUCUUCCACUACAGAAGAAUGUGUUUAUACUCUGUGCUUUAACACGCCAGCCUGUGUCAAUUUGUACAGGGGUUACCCUCGUGCAUGAUUGUUUUCCAUUAGACAUCCUAAAAACUUUCACAAUAUCUGACACAAUGGUUGGCUUGAAAAGUAUUACAUGAGGCCCAGCAGGGACACUAACUCUGAUUUUUUAUGGUCUAUGCAAAGAUGAUUUGAAUAUAUGAUCGGAGAUGUUUUAAUGUGAUUUACUCUGUUUCUAUGACAGAUAAGCCAGAAACAUGUGCCAGUACCUCUUCUUCGGUGCUGUCCCGUUACUUCCAGAAAAAGGAUCUACCCUUGGUCGGCGGGGCUCCGUGCUCGGGGAACCAGGGAUACUGUGACAAAUUCCGUGUGUGUCGUCUUCUGGAUGCAGAUGGUCCUAUAGCGAGACUGAAAAACUCCUUUCUAAAUUUGGAUGACUUUGAUGACUUAGCAGAGUGGAUGAAGGUGAGGAUCCUUUUAUUAAAACACACACACACAUAGUAGGACAACUGUGUACAUCUAAACACAGUUUGAAGACAUUAUUCUACACUUGACUGAGUUUAACUUUCUUUAUUGCAUGAUUGCACUCUAGUUUUAUUGAUGUUUGGAUCAGAUUUUGAGGUCAUACAAAUGUAUGUAUACAUUUUAGGAGAUUUUGCAACUUUAACUGCUGUUCAACUACAUCUAUUAGUGAGGCGAGGUGCUCAUCUCAUUGUUUUCAGCAGCUGUCUGCAAUGAUUCAGCUUCUAUCUUCCUUUGAGGUUCAGUUUCUCCUGACAGCAUGGAGAAUCAGGUAUGAGCUGAAGAGCGCCUCAGUGGUCCUCAAUCUGUUUCAGCAGCAGAGACACAAAUGACCCCUAGCCUCUGCACCCAUUGGGGACUUUUAUCUGAGCUACAUAUGUUACUUACUAAUUCAAAUACAGCAGAGUUGCAAAGCAAUAGGUAGAUCUAGUUUGGGUUUGAUUCCUUACCAUUCUUUGAUAACCUAAUUUCAGUCCCUCAAGAGGAAUAAUCAGAUGAAGAAAGAUGAGCAGCUUUUCUUGUUUACUGGAGCUGGUUGGCUGCAGUAGAACUGGGCGAUAAAAACAGCAAAGUCAGCAGUAAUUUUAUGUGACCAGGUAUCUUUUUGGUGAACUGAACUGAAAUGAUUCAUUUCUAUCUGUAAUUAAUGCUAUACCUGUAUUCUCCCCUGCAGGCACAUUGGUGGGCCAUCCUGCUGGCUAUCCUGACUUUGUCUGGAGUCAUGGGUUGCACUGUCUGCCUCUGUGGCCGCACCCUGGUCACAGAUGACCUGGAGUGA